GGUCGCGCGAGGAGAAGCUGGAGACCCCACGGCGCCUGAGGCGGUCUCUGCGGUUGGAGAUGAAGUGGCUUCAUGUAGAUUUUGAAGAGCUUGGUGGUAUGAUGAACUCUUGAAGCACCUCACAAGCCAGAGGACACAAGGUGGAGAAGAGCACACCCACCCACCACUGCACUACCUUCAUCAGCAUUACAUCAGGGUCUUCUAUGAGAGACCCUUCAGAUCCAUGGCCUAUCAAAGAUCUGGUGCCUCUAUUUAUACGGAUCCAGUAACACCUCGAACUCUAUUCAGGAAGGUUCUGGAGACCCAGCCAAUAGUCUCCCCUCUUGUUCCUGAAAAACCUGAUUCCCCCAAACCAGUGGAGACAAUAGUCCAAGCUCCUUUGGAGAGUGUACCCUGCAGCAACCUAGAAAUCCAUUUGUCUGACUCUGCUCCCAAGGCCACAUCUUGGACUGCACUGCGCAACACCAGGUCAAAAAAGAAGGUCCGUCUUUCUGUGUUUGAGAGAGCUGUGGAUGAGCAACUUGCCUCAACUCAUUCAUUGUUGGACAUCACAUCUCAGUCAAAGUCUCAGAUCUCUUUUAGAACCCCACCACCAUUGCGCUCUGCUGGGAAGAAAGGCUUAGUCCGUAGGCCAAAGAAUUACAGAGUUGUUACUGUGAAAGCUUUUGAAGACGGCAUUGAACAAAACUUGCUGCAAACAAAAGGCUCACAGAGUUACCUUGUGGCUCCAAGUAUGUUAUCAAAUGAUUCCUCAGCACAAUUUGCUGAUACAGAGUUGUUUGCCCAACCUGAGCUCAGCAGGCAGAGUGGAGCAGGGCUUUCUGGUGUUCAUUCUCAGCUUCACCCGACAAGGCAGUCUUUAGCCAAAGAGAGUUUGCCAUCCUCUAUUCAGACACCCUGGCAGGGUGCAAAGACUGAUACGGCUGUUGAAGUUGUGACAAAGAACAAAGGAAAUAUAACUCAUUCAUUGUUGGACGACACAUCUCGCACAAAGUCUCAGAUCUCUUUUAGAACCCCACCACCACUGCGCUCUGCUGGAAAGAAAGGUUUAGUCCGUAGGCCAAAGAAUUACAGAGGUGUUAAUGUGAAAGCUUUUGAAGACGGCAUUGAACAAAACUUGCUGCAAACAAAAGGCUCACAGAGUUACCUUGUGGCUCCAAGUAUGUUAUCAAAUGAUUCCUCAGCACAAUUUGCUGAUACAGAGUCGUUUGCCCAACCUGAGCUCAGCAGGCAGAGUGGAGCAGGGCUUUCUGGUGUUCAUUCUCAGCUUCACCCGACAAGGCAAUCCUUAGCCAGAGAGAGCUUGCCAUCUUCUAUUCAGACACCCUGGCAGGGUGCAGAGAAUGAUUUGGCUGUUGAAGGAGAGACACAGAAUGAACAAAAAGAGAUAUUCACACAAUACACUGACUGUGUUGAUGGGAUUGAAGCUGUACUUGAGGAAAUUGCUGCUAAUCCAAUGGAAGAGCAUCAGCAGAGCCUGCAGGAUACUGAAGAAGGAUUAAUAAGCCGUCAUCAAAAAAAGAUGCUAAGGCAGAGCGCUGAACCUGCAAAUGGGUUGAAAGUUGUGUUCCAGGAAAGGACUGUUACCCCUGAAAGAGGGCAACAAGAGAGCCUGCAUGGGAACAGUGAUAUGGAACACUUCUUAAGUCCUGGAAAUCAUCUGCCCACCAAUAUUCAGAACCCCCAAAGUACUAAAGCUGGAACUCCAAGCAGACGUGUAAGUAGAAAGAGAUCUGAGCAGUUUGAGGGGCUGCCAACGAAAGAAAUGGAAGACGGAACCUCUCAAGAAAAAAUGUUGGACCGAAAAACUAUGGAUGACAUGGUUUCAGAAGCUGAAAUGGAUUCUGAAUCUGAGGAGGUGUCAGAGACUGAAAUGGAUUCUGAGAAUGUUGAUAUUCAGAACCCCCAAAGUACUAAGGCCUCAACUCCAAGCAGACGUUUAAGUAGAAAGAGAUCUGAGCAGUUUGAGAGGCUACCAACAAAAGAAAUGGAAGACGGAACAUCUCAUGGAAAAAUGUUGGACCCAGAAACUAUGGAUGACAUGGUUUCAGAAGCUGAAAUGGAUUCUGAAACUGAGGUGUCAGAGACUGAAAUGGAUUCUGAGAAUGUUGACUUAACUGAAAAGACACCGGCAUUUGUACGUACUAAAGUUGUCCAGUGUACACCAUUGCUGUCUGCCCUACAUGCUCCAAAAGUGGCUGCCUCCAGGUCUCUUUCAAAACAGCUUUCAGUUAAGCAGGCUACAAAGCUAGCUGAGAGGGCAUGCAGAGGAAAACGUGAGCCGGCUCUCCCCAGCAAGUUUGUAAAAAAUGUAUUUGCCCACUCUGUGAAGAUGCCAGUGGCCAAGGAUGCUUUCAAGGCUGUGGAGAAUUGUGUGAACUUGUACUUUAAACAACUGAGUGACGACUUGGAAGCCUAUGCAAAUCAUGCCAGAAGAAAGACUGUAGAGCCAGCUGAUCUGGAGCUUCUCAUGAGGCGGCAAGGACUGAUAACUGACAAGAUUCCUUUAAAUGUGCUGAUAGAGCGUCACAUGCCUCUGGAGUACAGGCAGCUGCUAAUUCCUGUUGCCACUAGUGGAAAUAAAGUGUUCCCUCCCAUGCUAUGAUGAGAUGCUGGUGGCAAUCUGUUCUCAAUAUGGGGAAAAGAAUGCAGUUCCAGAAACACCCUGGGAGGCUCUAGAAUUAGAACAUUUACAGUCCACCCAGCAAGUUCUCGGUACUUUACUUAAAAGACUCGGGAAAAAUCUCAAUUAUGAAUAAAAUAAGUAUUCACUCUUUAUACCUUUGUUUUCCUGUGCUACAGAAGCUUUCUUCAUAUUCCUGUACAGUGGUUGUAAAAUAAAGCAAUGUUUUGCAGAGCACAA